ACCAAUGAAAGCAAAGGAUGAGAGUGUUCCAUAUUUUCAAAUUGCACAGUACGUUACUUGCGGAGUUGAAGAUUGUUAGCUAGCAUUUUUGUUGCCGUUUAAGAAUGGCGGAGGAAUCUGCUGUAAAGGUCUGUGUACGGGUUAGACCUCUCAUAAAAAGGGAGGAAACAGCCGGAGAGAACGCUGAAACAGUUAGGUUACAUUGGGAAGCUGAUAAGCAGACAAUUCAUCAGAUUGACGAUGGAAACCUUUCAAAGAACUUCAGUUUUGACCGUGUAUUUAGUGCUGAAGAAACAACACUGCAACUUUACCAGGAACUUGCAAAGCCUCUUGUUGUUUCCACUGUGCAAGGUUAUAAUGGAACUAUAUUUGCUUAUGGACAAACGUCAUCUGGGAAAACUUUCACUAUGAUGGGAAGUUCUCUUACUCCGGGAGUUAUACCCCUUGCCAUGGAGGAUGUCUUUCAGACUAUAAAGAAUUGUCCAAAUAAGGAGUUCCUUCUGAGGGUGUCCUACUUGGAGAUCUAUAAUGAAACAGUGACAGAUUUACUCUGUGACAGUUGGAAAAGGAAACCCCUAGAAAUCAGAGAGGGGAACAAUAAGAAUGUAUAUGUUGCUGACUUAACUGAAGAACUAGUGACAUCUCCUGAGCAAGCCCUUUCGUGGAUUAAAAAAGGAGAAAAGAAUCGCCAUUACGGAAAGACGAAAAUGAACCAGCGAAGCAGUCGAUCACACACAAUUUUUCGCAUGAUCUUGGAGAGUCGUGACAGGGGUGACACUGCGUCUGGUGAAAAUUCAGAUGGAGCCAUUAUAGUAUCCCAUUUGAAUUUGGUUGACCUGGCUGGUGCUGAGAGAGCUAGUCAAACAGGCGCUGAAGGUACCCGUUUCAAGGAAGGAUGUAAUAUAAAUCGCAGCCUGUUUACCCUUGGUCAAGUGAUCAAGAAAUUGUCUGAUGAAACUCAAAAGGGUUUCACUAACUACAGGGAUAGUAAACUCACCCGUAUCCUACAAAAUUCUCUGGGUGGAAAUGCAAAAACUGUUAUCAUCUGCACGAUUACCCCCGUUACUGUGGAAGAGACACUUAGCACUCUUCAAUUUGCUAGUGCUGCGAAGAACAUGAAGAAUGAUCCUCAUGUCACAGAGGUUUCUGAUGAUGGAGCCCUUUUGAGAAGAUACAGAAAUGAAAUUGUGGACCUCAAGCGCCGACUUCAUGAGGUCUCUUCAGUUACUCAAACAACCGCAACAGAGAAGGAGACACUGUCACAGAUUUUGCAAGAGAAGGAUCAACUUCAAAGAGAACAACAGGACAGGAUCAGGAAUUUAACCAAACUUCUAGUCACAUCGUCAAACUUUGUUUCCAUCAAAGCGAUGCCGAAACGCAGGGUCACAUGGGGUGGAAAACUGCAAUCACCACUGCAAUCACCAGCCUUCCACAAUGCUGGAGAGACUGACUUAAGCUUUGCUGAACCUUUUAUGAAAAAGAGAAAAGCUGAUAUGUCGGUCUUGACAGAACAAAAUGAAGAUGUUGAGGAGUUAGAUUUUACAUUGGAUGUGGAGAUGAACCAGAGCAGUGUGCGUUUUUCAGAAAGUGAAUUUUUACUUCCAAACCAACUGGAGAGCCAACUGGAAAAUGAAACUCAGCAGGCCAUGGAGAAAGUGGAAACUUUAGAGAGGAGAGUGGCUGAACUGGAGAAAGAGCUACAAGAAAAGUCAAACGUUUCUACUGAUGGACAGGAGCAGAUGAAAGAGGGAUUUGAAGAGAGUGUUCAACUUUGUGAGAUGUUGGUGCAUGAGAAGGAACUGCUUGCUGCUGAGAGGGAUCUUCUCAAGCAGGAGUUCCACGUCCUAACCAAAAAGACUGACAAUUUGGAAAAAGAAAAGGCUGCACUUCUUCAGGAGAUGGAAAAGAAUAAAGAAAUGGAAGAUUUCAUUUCUUUGGAAAAGGAGGUCAAAAGAGAACAUGAGAAAUUACUAGAGACUGAAAUUUCUUCUUUAAAGAAGGCCUCAGAGGCCUCUGAGCGCAAAUGUCAAGAGCUUGAGGCUAAUCUGCUGGCACUGUCAGAGGAGCUUAAACAGAAAGGCGAAUUGGCAGAGGAACUGCAAAAAUCGAGUGACAUUGACUUGGUCCAACAAGUGAAGCAGUUGAGACGUUCCCUUGACGAUGCUGUGUGUCUGGGCCGUGACGCUAAGAAGGACUGGGCACAUUUGCGCAGUGAAAAUAUCUCUCUUAAAGAGCGAGAUGUGACACUAACGGCUGGCUAUGAGAAGAUGGAAGCAGAAGUUAAAAUUCUUUGCUCUCAGUUGGAAAGAGAAAAAUCUUGCUUCAAAAAGAUGCAGACUGAUCUUCAGAGGGAGUUACAGGGAGCUUUUGAGGAGAACACCAAGCUCACUGCUCUCUUAGAUGGAAAGGUUCCCAAAAGUCUUAUAGACAGCAUUGAACUAGAAAAAACAGUUGCUUGCCUGAAGAAAGAGCUGGAGAAGUCUCAUGAAGUUGAGAGAUCCCUACAUGUUAAGAUUGAAUCUUUAAGUGCGCUGCAGGAUCUUCCAGAGAAAGUGGAAAGUUUGAUGAAACAGGUAUGUGACCUUACUGAGGAGCUCUGUGCAGUCCAAACAGAGAGAGAGAGCCUGCUGUCAGCUAAGGCCAGUAGUGAGGAGGAAGCUCAGCAGCUCAAAGAAAAUCUCCAAAGCUCCCAGGAGCAGCUAGUCAAACUGCUGGAUGACUUGAAAGAAUCAGAGGUGAGAGAACACAAUCAAACCAAGAAGUGCGUCAACAUCACAGAGCAACUGGAGACGCUUCGUAAAGACUUGGAGUGCUCCUUAGUGGCGAACAGUCAGCUUUUUACUACUUUGGAAGAAUCCGGCUUGAAACUGAAGGACAGCGAAGACCAAGAAACAAUUGAAAAUAACUUGUGUAGAAUACAACAAGUCAUAAAUGUCUUGAACGAGAAGAUUGCUGACAGUGAAUCGUCUAGGAAACAUAAUGAUACACAAUUUCUUGAACACCAAGAGCAGCUAAGACUACUAAAUGAGGAGCUUGAGUCCAUGAAAGCUGAGAGAGAGCAUCUCCUGUCAGAGAGGACAGAGAGCUCUCAGAAUCAUGCAGAGGAGUUAGAGAAACUACUGUCUACUGUGACCUCAUUGACUGAAGAGAGAGACCAGCUCCAGGAGAUUUUGCAGGGAGUCCGGGAGGAGAAGAACCAGCUGAAGAGAGACCUAGAAGAGAAUGUAGAGAUGCGGCUGAACUCCGAACCACAUGGAGAACAUCAGGAGACUGAUCUAUGUCUGCAAAUUCACCUGGAGUCUGUAAAGGAUUUAAAGGAGCAGCUGGAAGCUGUUAAAGAGGAAAGGAGCCAGCUCAAGGCUGACCUUCAGGACAAUGUGGAAAUGAUGAUUGAGAAUCAAGAAGAACUAAGGCAAGCUCAAGAGAAGAUAAGAUCGCUACGGGAGAAAAACCAACUACUGAAGACUCAGAAUGCAGAAAUUGAGACUAGAUUGAACAAUACAAAUGCUUCAGAGAAUGCAUCCUCCCUAACAGACCUGCAAGAACGGAUAAGACUGAUGAAAGAGGAACUUGAGUCUGUACGAGCUGAGAGAGAGAGUCUCUUGUCUGUGAAUACAGACUGCCCUCAAACUCAUACCGAGCAGUUAGAGAAACUGCUAUCUACUGUGACCUUGUUGACUGAAGAGAGAGACCAGCUCCAGGAGAUAUUGCAGGGGGUCAGAGAGGAGAGAAAUCAUCUCAAGGGAGAACUAGAUGAGAAUGAGGCGAUGAUCAUUCAGGUCCAGGCAGAACUGAAACAGCAACAACAUGUUCAGUCUGAACAGCAGGCUGAGAGGGAACUUCAAGAAGCAACGCUUCAGCAACAAAUACAGCAGCUUGAAGAGAAACUGGAAACCAUGACAGAGGAGAGAUGCCAGAUGAAUAGUGACCUGCAGAAAAAUGUUGAGAUGACUAAGCAGCUGAGUGACGAACUUGAGUCCGUUCAAGCUGAGAGAGACCUUCUCUGUUCCGAAAAGACCAACAGCGCAGAGAAUCAUGCAGAGGAGUUUCAGAAACUGCUCUCUACUGUUACUUCAUUGACGGAAGAGAGAGACCAGCUGCAGGUGAUAUUGGAGAGAGUCAGGGAGGAGGGGAAACGGCUCAAGAAAGAUCUAGAGGAAUAUACGGAAAUGGUACAGCAUCUUGAAAACCAGCUGGAGCUGGUGAAAGAUGAAUGUAGCCACCUGAAGAGCAACCUCCAAGAGAAUAUGGAUAAGGUCAAUAACGAGGAGCAGCCCAACAGUGGUACCACCAGUACUGAGGAACUUCGCUUCAAAAUGGAGGCUUCUACUGAGCAGAUCCAGGCGUUUUUUGUGAGGUUCCAACUUGUUAUCAAUGGUGCUUCAAAGCCUGAACUUGGGCCCCUGGGUGAUGCCGCACAAAUGAAAGAAGUGAUGAUAUUUAAACUCUUGGACCUUCUUCCAAAAGUCUCAAGAAAUAUCUGUAGCAAUGUCAAUAAGUCUACAGUCCAGAUCACUAAGUUGGCCUGGGAUAUUAAGUUGCAUAUUAAGCAUUGUGCCAAGAAUUACAAGACCCAGUUUGAAGCCCUGCUCAAAAAUGACGUGGCUCUGUUUGAAGAGAGGAGACUUCAGGACCUACUGCUCUGUAGGGCCCGAGCACCCAGUCACUCGGUUAAGGUUGCUGAGAAGGAACUCCUUGGAGUCUGGGACCAGAGACUGUUAGAGCUGCUGAAUAAGAGGGGAGACUACCUCCAGAAAAUGAACAGUGUUUUGGAGAAGCUUGAGGAGAGCCUGGCUACUCAGCAAACCGCAGUGUCAGACGUACUGAUGGCACGAGUGGUGAGCAACAAGGAGCUGAGCGCUCUAUGCAUGGACCAGUCAAUUGAUUUUGCAGCUGUGGAGAGGUUCCUGGAACAAGAGCUGGCUCACUGCUCUGCUGUAGCACAGGCCACCUUACUGGCUCUCCAGGGAUUGAGAGAUGAGCACCAGGGUCUGCUUAAAGAGCUAGGUACAGUCAGAACGCAGGCUGACAGUCAGCUGAACGAAGAGAGGAGUAAGACAUCUACUCUACUGCAGAUGUUGGAGGACACCCCUGUCAAGAAUGAAGCCGUCUUCAAGGACAACCUCCAAACUUACAAUCUUCAGCAGUUGAAAGGGGAAAUCAAGGAAAUGCACAUGAGAAUUGAGAAGCUGGAAAAGGAUAAGAUCAAAGCUGCUGACACAGUUGCAAACCACAAACAAGCCACCCAGCUCCUACAAACUGAGCUUCAGGAUGCUCGUGCCCAAGUCAUAGACAUGGAGGGCUCCAUCAAAAUCCUUGAAGAGAAACUUAGAAAUGCUGAGGUAUUGGCUAAGAGAAGAGCAUCACCUAGUGCUCUUGAGCUUGAAGACCUAAAGGCUAAAGUGGUGAAAAUGGAGCUGGAGAUGACCGCAUUGUCCUCAAAACACAAAGAAGAGUUAUUAAGAUUGACUUCAGUCCUGAACCAUAAGGAGGAUUCUUUGCGGACAUUGAAAGAGACUUUGAGAAGAUCACAGCAGGAAGGAGAACAGUCAUACAUGGAGGGAGAAGAUCUGCAUGCCAGACUGAUUUCCAUCGGAGGACGCAAAGUACAAAGUAAUAUUGUCAUUGAAAAGAACAAACUUGCAGAGGAAGUGAAACAUCUACAGAAGAAAAUUUCUGAAUUGGAGAGCCUUGUUUCUACAAAGCAAGGAGAGAUCACCAAGUGGAAAGCCAGAGCAUUGAAGCUGAAGAGGGAUGCGGUGGACAAGCCUCAGUCUCCAUGUGCUCCUACAAAACGAUGCCUUCCCAUGAGUUCAGAGGACUUCCUUGGCUCUCCCAAAAAGCUCCUUGGCUCUCCCAAAAAGCUCCUUGGCUCUCCCAAAAAGCUCCUUGGCUCUCCCAAAAAGCUCCUUGGCUCUCCCCAAAUGUUUCUUGACUCUCCCCAAAAGUUCCUUGACUCUCCCCAAAAGUUCCUUGACUCUCCUAAAAGCAAGUUCUUUGAUGUCCGCCCAGGCUCUGAAUCCAUGUCAAUCAACUGUCCCAAGCAGUUUUUUGAUAACUCCACAUUUGAAACCGCUCAAGGGAUUACAUGUGUUCCUGUAACAUUGGAUAUGGAGACUGCUGUAGGAAAUGCAGAAGAGGAUGCAGAUGAAAAGGGGGACUGGUGUCCUCUGUCACCAAAGCAAGCUGAUGUAUGCCGUCAACAGUAAAGUGUUAAAAUUGCACUAAUUGUCAGUCAGUUUUUAUGUUACUAUUUUUACAUUAUGUCCUAGAUUUUAUAAUUGUUUAAAAUAAAGCUAUGUUUUUUGUUUGCACUCAAUCUGCUUUUUUUGUAUUUACAUAAAAACACAAUAAGAAAUGUGACAGCAGAUUGUGGACAUGCCCUAUUUUAAUGUUUAUAUUUAGAAAAUGAAAUGUCUAUAUUUAGAAAAUGAAAUGUUCCUGAAUGGUCACUGCCACACAGUACAUGUGCUUCAUUGUGGCCCAACCUUAGUCUUGGUCACAUACACUGAACAAAGUUAUAAACGCAACAAUAUUUGAGAGAAAUAGGCCUUUUGUGUACAUAGAGAAAAUCUUAGAUAUUUGAGUUCAGUUCAUGAUAAACGGGGGCAAAAACCAAAGUAUGUUUAUAAUUUAGUUCAGUGUAUAUGCACAAUGCCCAGAUGCUUUGCAUUUGGCGUUGGAAUGUGUCAUGGGACAUCUCAGGGUUCAUCUUUGAUUGUAAUCAGGGUUGGACACACAUAAACUCUUGGGUUGUGCAAUUAUCACCUCAUCCUGAUUUGUUGUCUAUCCUUUAUAGUGAUGUGUUCACUUCCAAACACAUGUUGUUGUGAGUACUUCUUGGUUGAGCAUUACAUCUUUUAAGAAGCAGAAUUACUUACUGAUCUUCAUCACAAUCCUGAAAUUG